AUGUUUAUUGAUCAACUACCUCAAAUAUUUUUAACCUGCUUGUCCUUGACUAUAGUAUUACUUAUUUUACCUAUUAUUUUAUCAAUGGUCACUAAACCAUUGAAUAAUUGACCACUUUAUGUCAAAAACUCAGUAAAAAUGUCAUUCUUUACAAGCCUCAUCCCAUCAAUUAUCUACCUUAAUACAAACAUGCAAUCAUGCGUAAUCUAUUACCGAUGGAUACUUGUAUCACCAAUUGAAAUUAAUAUUAGUCUGCAAUUUGACCAAUAUUCUAUAAUCUUUAUAUCUAUCGCACUAUAUGUAACUUGGUCAAUUCUAGAAUUUGCUAUGUAUUAUAUACACACAGAUAUCUUAAUUAAUCGAUUUUUUAAAUACUUGUUAACAUUUUUGAUCUCAAUAAUAAUCUUGGUUACAGCUAAUAAUAUAUUUCAAUUAUUCAUUGGUUGAGAAGGAGUAGGCAUUAUAUCCUUCCUACUAAUCGGAUGAUGAUAUGGUCGAACUGACGCUAACAUAGCUGCAAUACAAGCAGUAAUUUAUAAUCGAGUAGGAGAUAUUGGCCUUAUACUAGCUAUAGCCUGACUACUGAUUAAUAUAAAUUCCUGAGAUAUUCAACAAUUAUUUAUUAUAACUAAGAAUAUAGAUACUACUAUUCCAGCAAUAGGAUUACUCAUUGCAGCAAUAGGCAAAUCUGCCCAAUUUGGCCUCCACCCUUGACUACCAGCUGCAAUAGAAGGCCCAACCCCAGUUUCUGCCUUACUUCAUUCAAGUACAAUAGUUGUAGCAGGUAUUUUCCUUUUAAUUCGUCUCCACCCGUUUUUAGAAAAUAAUAAUAAAGUCCUUACUGCUGCACUUUGUUUAGGGGCUAUUACCACAUUCUUCACCGCUGCCUGCGCACUUACACAAAAUGAUAUUAAAAAAAUUGUAGCCUUCUCUACAUCAAGCCAGUUAGGCCUUAUAAUAGUAGCUAUUGGGCUAAAUCAACCUCAACUAGCAUUCAUGCACAUCUGCACACAUGCAUUUUUUAAAGCAAUAUUAUUCCUUUGCUCAGGCUCAAUUAUUCACUCACUUAAUGACGAACAGGAUAUCCGCAAAAUAGGUGGUAUUUAUAAAAUUAUACCAAUAACCUCUACAUGUUUAAUAAUUGGCAGUCUUGCCUUAAUGGGAGCCCCAUUUUUAGCAGGAUUCUUCUCUAAAGAUGCUAUUAUUGAAGCCCUCAACACCUCUCACCUUAACGCCUGAGCCCUUAUACUUACCCUAAUUGCCACCUCAUUCACUGCAGUAUAUAGCCUUCGAAUUAUUUACUUCGUAUCUAUAAGCACCCCACGUAUACUACCAUUGUCCCCAGUAAAUGAAAAUAACCCACUAAUUAUUAACCCGAUUAAACGACUGGCAUGAGGAAGCAUUAUUGCAGGCUUCAUUUUAUAUAACUUUAUUCUCCCAAACAAAACCCAAAUAAUAACAAUACCAGUAUCAUUAAAACUAACUGCCCUAAUUGUAUCUUUAUUAGGUUUAAUUAUUGCUUUUGAGCUAGCCCUGUUAACAAACAAACAAAUUAAAAUCCACCCAACAAAAAUCUUACAUAACUUCUCUAAUAUAUUGGGAUUCUACCCACACACAAUGCACCGUCUAAUGUCGAAACUACCAUUAAUAUUUGGACAAAUUAAUGCAACUCAAACUACAGAUCAAUCAUGAACAGAAAUAAUGGGCCCCAAAGGAAUUGCCAAUCUACAACUAACCUUAUCCCAAAAAAUUACACAUAUACAAAAAGGCCUAAUCAAAACAUAUCUCUCAAUUACUAUACUCUCACUUCUCGUUAUUACAGCUAUAAUUAUUUACUUCUAA